AGAAUCAACCUUUAACAGCCAGAUUCCACUGUGACGAUUUUGUUUCUGGGAAGGUACGAGGCAGGUAAGUGAGCACCUGCAUUUUCGUACAUUUAUUCUUCCCACUCUUCCUCUACCUCCCAAGGUUAUCUCGUCACCGACCUCAAAUUUCUUACACCUUUUCCUUCCUCUCUUCUUUUUUUUUUCCAAGGAAAAAAAAAUUGGACUCUCAACUUCAAGGUACUCCUAGAGUUCCAAUUUAAUUAUCCUACAUUCACUUUAUCUUCUUCUCGCCUACAAUCAAUCAUGUCUGAACAGACGGCUCCCACCCCCGAGGGCGAUCGCACUGCGCAGUGCGCAUCUUGCCUCGACUCCCUUCCCGCAACAGAGAUGCAUACGCUUCCCUGUUUGCAUUCUUAUUGCGCCGACUGCGCGCGCAUGUUGUUUCGGCUGUCCUUCCAGAGCGAUGGAAGCUUUCCACCUCGCUGCUGCAACGAACCAGUCGACCUCACGCCGCGAUUGGUUACCGCCCUUGGCGAAGAAAUCUGGUCCGUAUACAUUGCGAAGCGCAAGGAGUCCAAGACCGACACGCGCAUUUACUGCAGCAAUGCCGACUGCGGAUCCUUCAUCCAGGAUGAAUACAGAUUCACUGGAUUCGCCAUUUGCAGCGAAUGCAAAUCCUUAACCUGCAUGGAGUGUAAAGCUCCAUGCCACGAUGGGGAUUGUAAUCCCCACGACCCAUUGGCCGAGCUAAGAGAGCUCGCCAAGAAGGAAGGAUGGCUACAAUGCUAUAAAUGUGGCAAUAUCAUCGAGAAGGUUGAUGGCUGCGAUCGCAUCGCAUGUACCUGUGGCGUAAAGGUUUGCUACAAGUGCUCCAAGGACAUCGAGGAAUGCACUUGUAAGAAGGACAACGGCCCCCCCGCCCAUGGCGUACAGGAGGAUGGUGAAGGCGGUGCAGCCCCUCCCGAAAUGGCCCCUCCCGACAUAGCUGCUCCCGAAGCGGCUGCCCUCGAUCCGGCUGCCCUCAAUCCAGCUCCAGCUGAUGUGGCCCCUCCUGGCUCGAACCCUCCUGCCACGACCAGCGAGUUACCUCCUCCCUCCCGACGGGAUAAUCAACCCGAGAAUGGCUGUAAUCACCAUUCCAAGAAAGAGCGAGUAGAGCACAUCGUGGCAUGCCCACGAUGCCAACGCUCUGUAUCCUCGUACAUCAUACAGUGCAAAAGAUGUGGUCUCCACGCUUGUUGGAGAUGCUACAAACUUAUGCGGCACGAUGAGAAGAAGAAUCGUACUUCUUAGGGACAAUGAUGGUUAUGGGGUUUCUUGCAAGAAAGGUGCAGCUUUAGGGAGAAGUUGCUGUCGAUAGCUUGACCCGAUAACUUUGCUGUGCUUUCUCAUAAUGGAUAUUAUAAAUUGAUUACAAGAAAAUGAGUUUGACUAAAU